AUGGUUGAGGAGGCUCGCGAUGCAAUCAUUCGACUAGGUGGCGGAUCUGUCUCUGCUAAAGACAUUGUGAACCCUAAUACCCCGCUGAGGCCUGGGCUGUGGAAAGCCCUAACCGAUAUGUCGGGCGAUUGGGAUACAUCCCUCAGCGGGUGGCUAAUCGAAGGCGCUCCUAUUGGUGUCUCGGCCGAGAUACGGCCUGGUGGCUGGUUUUCGACGUCAACCGUGGCGACGACGGAUCUGCCGGUGACGGCUACUGGUGACGAAUCAAGAGAAUGGCUAGGAUGGUUUAUUGGGUCUGCCGACGGAGCCUACGUCAAUUACUCUUCGGCUGAGUCCGAUCCAACCAACACCUGGGCCCUACUAGACGAGGAGAGGAAGGCAGGCUUCUGCACGUUCUACGACUCCUUCGACGACCUAGCCGUGGCUGUUGGCAGCAGGGAUGUGAUAGUCACUAAGAUUGCGCUAGCAACAAAACCUAACACAGACCCCCCCAAAUAUCGAUUGAUCUGUGAUGCCAAGGCCAACAGCCUGAAUGAGGUGGUCCACUGUCGUGAAAAGAUUGUUCUCCCUAGAGUCUCCGACGUUGUGCAGAAUAUCCACGAGCUCAUGGAACCAGCAAGAGGAGCCAGCGAUUGUUGGUCCGAAAUCGAGUUCUUGGCCGCUGACUUUCAGAACGCCUUCAAGCUCAUCCCAGUCCAGAGUAUGGAGCAGCGAUUUCAAGUAUGCUACUUCCAGGGGCGUUGGAUCCUCUUUCAUGUGCUCAUGUUCGGUGUCCGAAUUUGCCGUGGCGAACGGGAGUCUCCGCGUAUCUAUUCCUUUGGAGAAGCUGGAGGCUAUGGCGAAGCUUACUUCUCAAAUUCUGGGAUUCAGGAGAGCGGUCAGUUCAAAGCUGCUCCGUAG